AUGGCAACAGCCGAAGAAGGCGGGCCCAGUGACCCCGCGGGGCCCCCGGGGUUGGAGGCUCUCGAGGAGACGCAGCAGCAGCAGCAGCAGCAGCAGCAGCAGGAAGAAGAGCAGCAGGAGGAAGGCGAGGAGUCUGAGGAGCAUGAAGGAGAAGAACAUGAAGAGCAGCAAGAAGGGGAGGGUGAGCGUCCGCAGGAUGAUGAACAGCAGCAGCAGCAGCAGCAGCAGCAGCAGCAGCAGCAGCAGGAUGACGACGAGCAGCUGCAGGCCUCCGAUGGGGGAGCAGAUCGCAAGAGCCGCAAGAAGCGAAGGAGACACCAGAAGGGGGACCGCAGCAGCAGCAGCAGCAGCAGGAAGAAGAAGAGAAGGCUAAAGGAGAAGAAGGCCUCCAGGAAGAAGCGCAGCAGCAAGAGGAUGAGGCAGCAGCAGCAGCAGCAGCGAGGCAGCAGCGGCAGCAGCAGCGACGACAGCUCAGAAGAAGAAGACAUUGAAGAUGAGGAAGCAAUAUUAAGAGAAGAGAUGAAGGGUUUUAUUGUCUCCGAGGCGGAGAGCGACAGCAGCAGCAGCAGCAGCAGCAGCAGCAGCAGCAGCCAAGCCGAUGAUGAAGCACCUGCUCUAGAUGAAGAAGACUUAGAUCUAAUAGCAGAAAAUACAGGGCUGCUUGUAGAUACUGGGGGCCCCUCUUCUCAGCAGCAGCAGCAGCAGCAGCAGCAGGGGGAUACCGACACAGAGGAUGGGGCGUUGCAGCAGCAGCAGCAGUUCCGGCGCCUAAAGAAGGCAGCAGCAACAACAACAGCAGCAGCAGCAGCAGAAAAGGAGACACGUCGCAGCGGAGUCAGCGGUAGUGAAGCAAAUGCAGCAGCAGACACCAAGGGAGACAGUUUGUUUGCAGGCGAGGAAGAGACAGAAGAUGAAGCAGAAGAAGCAGCAGCUUGGGAAGAAGAAGAAGAAGAAGCAGCAGCAGCAGCAGCAGCAGCAGCAGGGUCUUCCCAGCGGCUUGCUGAUGUCUGGUCACCUCGGCCUCGAGGCGAGGCGGAGCUACGUCGGUCUGAGGAGCGUUUAGGGUUAGAGGAUCGACGUGGUGCUGCAGCAGCAGCAGCAGCAGCAGCAGGGGGAGAGGCUGGCAUGGCGGGAGCAGGAGCUGCCCCUGCAGCAGCAGCAGCAACAGCAGCAAAGAGCUGCUGGGAGAGGUUAGGAGAGCCUGAUGAAUUAGAUGUGGGGCUGUCGACAGCAAGGGAUGCAGCAAUUGCUGCAGCAGAUUUCCCUGAGAGACUUCAGCUCAGAUUCGCAAACAGACCCAAGGCCUCGCAGGCAGCACUUGCAGCGGAGUCUGUGUGGGUGUCACGGGUGCUGCUGUCUGAGUUUGCUGCUGACUUGUCUCUUGAAAAUUUACUACAGCGAUAUGAAGAUGCAUUUGGAGGCUGCUGCUUGCUGCAGCGCCCCCCUGAGGUGGACGUACAGCAGAAGGUGCUGCUGCUGCUGCAGCUCCUGCUGCAGCAGGGAUUUGAGGUUGUCUUUAUCUUGCAGCAGCGCAUGCAUUUGCUGUCUCCUCCUCUAAAUGAAGCAAUGAUAUGGAGGGUUUUUGAAUUAGAUAGACAGUACUGGCGGCUACGAGCAGCAAAGGUAAAGCUGCUGCAGCUGGGCGUCACGCUGCAGCAGCAGCAGCAGCUGCAGGUGCAGCAAGGUGAUGAUGCUGCUGCUGCACAGACACCUGAAGGAAUAAAAGAGAUGCUUCAAAAAAUGCUGAGAGACGCAGAGACAGAACAAGAUAUCGAUGAUGUACGUGUACAUGUCUUAACCUACUUCCACCCCCAGCUUGCUGCUGCUGCUGCUGCUGCUAAGCAGAAGCGCAACGGAGACUUGAAGACACUGGAUGCAGACGAGCAGCAGCAGCUGCUGCAGCAUAACUCGUCAGAGGGCGAGCUGCAGCAUGAUGAGCUCCAGCAAGAAGAACUGCAGCAGCAGCAACUGCUGCAGCAGGAGGAGCCGCAGCAGCAGGAAGACGAAACCUUCCUGCAGCAGCAGCAACAGCAGCAGGAGGAGGAGCAGCAGCAGCAGCAGUACGAACAGCAGACUGCUCAGGAAGCUUCAGGAAGCGAGCCUCAGCAAAUACCCCACGGCAGCAGCAGCAACAGCAGCAGCAGCAACGGAGAUGAUAACGUGUGGGCUGCCACCCAGGACGGCCCAGCAGCAGCAGCAGCAGCAGCAGCAGCAGCAGAAGAUGCUCCCCUCUGCUCCGUUCCCUUCGACCCUCUGAAGGGAGAAGCUGCUGCUGCUGGACACUGGCAGCAGCAGCAGCAGCAGCAGCAAAGUGUAGGCGAGCAGAAGCUUUCCGCAGAUCAGCAGCACGUGCUGCGGGACCUGCAGCAGCUGUACCUUCAGCAAGGAGACGAGCAGCCACAGCAGGAGGAGCUGCUGCUGCAGCAGCAAGAGCAGCUGCAGCAGCAGCAGCAGCAGCUAGACCUGGAGGAGCCCCUAGGGGGCUCGCAGCUCUUCCAACAUGAAGAAGUGCUGCAGCAGCAGCCUCCAGAAGCAGACGCAGCAGAAGCAGCUGAAGCUGCAGUGCAGCAGCCAGACGCAGCAGCAGCAGCAGUUGCGCCCCUUGAUGAUGCUGCUGCUGCCGCUGCUGCUGUGCAGCACGCAGCAGCAGCAGCAGCUGCCGCGGCCCAGGCAGCAGAAACAAACGAUGAUGCAGCCACAGGGCAAUCGGACUCAGCAGCAGCUGCUGCUACAGCAUCAGCAACUGAAGCAGCAGCCACUGCUGCAGGAGCAGCAACUGAAGCAGCAGCAGCAGCAACAGAGGCAGCAGUAGUAGCAACAGAAGCAGCAGCGGCAGCAACAGAAGCAGCAGCACUACCAGAUGCAGCAGCAGCCAAUGAAGGAACAGCGGCAGCAGAGACAACAGCAGCAGCACAAGCAACAGAAGCAGCAGAAGCAGCAGAAGCAACAACAGCAACACAAACUUCUCCUGCAGCAACAGCCACGUCUUCCUCACGGCCGCAUGCAUCUAAGUGGGAUCAGCCGCCACCGCAGCAGCAGCAGCAGCAGCAGCAGCAGCAGCAGCAGCAGCAAGACGGGGGCGCUCAGUCAAGGGAGCCUGACAGCAGCGGCGGCGGCGACAGCAGCAGCAGCAGCAGCAGCACGACAGCAGGGACUUCGAGGCCCUUUUCUUCUCGCUGGGGGCAGCGCGAGCCGAGGCCAGCAGCAGCAGCAGCAACAAAGAAGAAAGGGUUAUCUGCAGCAGCAGUAGCAGCAGCAGCAGCAGAAGAGUAUUUCGGCGUAUCUGUAUCCCAAGAGCCGCCGGCAGAUGCAGCAGCAGCAGCGGCAGCAAGCGCGGAGCAAACCGCAGCAGCAACGCAGCCGGCAACAGCAGCAACAGCAGCAAAGACGCGGUCUCCACGGGGUUUAUCUGCUGCAGCAGUGGCAGCAGCAGCAGCAGCAGAGUAUUUCGGUGAUGGUUUUUCGCAAGACAGCCAAAUGGACGUAGACGGGCGCCCCAGCAGCAGCAGCAGCAGCUACAGCAGCAGCAGCUACAGCAGCAGCAGCUACAGCAGCAGCAGCAGCAGCAGCAGCAGCAGUAGCAGGGCACGGAGCUCUUUCGGAAUGAAGAGAGGGUUUGGAGGUGCGUUUGAAUUAACUCAAGAGCAGCUUGCUGCAGCAGCAAAAGAGGAGGAGGAGCUGCAGCAGCUGCUGACAGCAGCACAAGAAGAAGAAUGGAACGACGCAGCAGCAGCAGUUGCUGCAGCAGCAGCAGCAAACAAACCCCUCUCAGCCAAGGAGAUUUCUCCAGCAGACGCAAUCGAGCUCGCUCAUCGCUACAACUUAGCUGAAGUGCUGCGUCCCUUCUUAUUAGAUGCUGCUGCUUUUAUUGAGAAUUUAAACUGUCUCUGCUUUAACUCUGAGUCCCCUCUGCUGCCAGGGCCUCAUUUGCUGCUGCCUCAGCAGCCGCAGUCUCCUCCUCCUUUGAUACCGUUGGUAUCUGAGGCGGAAGCAGCAGCAGCAGCAGCAGGUGCAGCAGCAGCAGCAGCAGCAGCAGCAGGAGCAGCAGCAGCAGCAACAGCAGCAGAGCUGCAGCUAGAGCUCUCUGCUGCAGCAUGGGCGUCGCAGUGGCUGAGCGGCCCCUUCUCUUCAGGGUCUCAGGUGCUGUCUCUGCUGCUACAAAACGAGAUGCUGCCGGAGUUCACAGAGAAGCCUUCGUGGGUCCCUUGGCAUGAGAGGGUGAGGCGAUCACAGCAGCAGCAGCAGCAGCAGCAGCAGCAGCAGCACCUGCUGCAGCAAGACCCGCUGCAUAGGCCGAAGCGUCUGCGCGGUAUUUUUGACAGCAGAAGAGACAACCCCGUUGGCUCUCUCUUUCUCCAGAUUCAGCAGCUGGAGAAGCAAGGAGAGGGGGUUCUUGUGCUGCACCCUUUGGCUGGGGAGACGGCACCUUGGAGACAGAAAGAGUUUCUAAAGAGACACGCAGAUGCGCUGCAGGAGCAGAAGCUGCUGCGGGUAGGUAGUGCUGCAGCAGGCAGCAGCAGCAGCAGCAGCAGCUACAUGCGAGAGCUGCAGCAGCAAAAGGAGUUUCUCGAUAGCGAGCAGCAAAAGUUUGAAGAGGCAGAGAGACAAGACCAGCAGCAAAUAGAGACACUCCUGACGCAGAUGCUGCAUGCAUACUCUCCUUUUGCUGCUGCCCUCACCACCAACAGCAGCAGCAGCAGCAGCAGCAGCAGCGGCGGCGGCGGCGUCAGCAUAAACCGCAGCGCAGGGGACGAACUUGUUGCUGCUGCCCCUUGGGUGUACAUACAGCGUAUGAUUCUAACGCGGCUGCUGCUGCAUGAAGUGCUGCCUGCAGCAAAGAGAGAAAUAAAAAAUAAAUUAAUUACGCUGUCACAAGAAGCAGUGCUUAGAGAUUGUCAGGAUAUGUUAGACUUUAAACUAAGCCUGCAGCCGCUGCGGCUGUCUCCUCAGCAGCAGCAGCAGCGGCAGCAGCAACUCAUUGAUGGGCGCAACAGCAGCAGCGACAGCAGCAGCAGCGACAGCAGCAGCAGCAGCGAAUCGGAGGCUCCGGAUUCUGCUGCAGUGUCUCCUUCUCAGAGGCGAAGAAAGAGACAGCAGCAGCGACAGAGACAGCAACAGCGGCAGCAGAGACUAGCAGCAGAUCCUGCUGCUCUUGAUUGUCUCUCUCUUGUAGUUCAGCACCUCCCUUUAGAUAAGAGAGGCCGCAGCAGCAGCGCAGCAACAGCAGCACGUGUGCAUGCAGUGCUGCUGAACUCCUUCGGGGAAGUAGAGACACACGAAUGCUUCGAUCUCCUUUUAAAUACCCGUCUACCAGACGACCCGCAGCAGCAGCAGCAGCAGCAGCAGCAGCAGCAAGGAGGGGGAGAGCUUGCAUCUGCUGCAUCUCAGCAGCAGCAGCAGCAAGGCUUAACUCGAGAUCAGCAGCUGGCGCAGCAAGAAGUCCAGCGGCUGCUUCGUUUGUUUCGAACCCGCUACGUGGAUGCUGUUGUCGUAGGCGUAAGAGACAGACAGAGUUUGCUGCUGCAGCAGAUCUUGAAGCAGCAUGUGCUGCAGCAGCUAGCAGCAAUUCAUAAACCUUUUGCUUUUAUUCUUGCUCCUCUCGAUAUACCUUCGGUUUGGAGCGGCAGCGAUAGGGUGCCCGCAACCCUCAGACGCACUAUGCCUAGAGAAGCCCUCAUGGCUCUGUCUCUCGCUCGCUUCGUUCAAGACCCUCUGGCUGAAGCAGCAACUCUGUGGGGAGAGGGCUCAGAUAAUUUGCUGCUGCAGCUGCGUCUUCAUCCCUUACAGAACGCCGCGCGGUUUGCAUUGGCUGCUGCUGCUGCUGCUGCUGCUGCUGUUUGGGGUGUACGUACACCGCAGCUACCACGAGAUCGGCUUGCUGCUGCAUGCGAAGUUGUGAUGCUGCGGCUGGUUGGGGAUUGCGGCGUUGACCUGCGACGCUGCUUGCGGCUGCACAGCAGCAGCAGCAGCAGCAGCAGCAGCAGCAGAGCAGCAGCUGUUCUACAGUUCGUUCCAGGGCUCGGACCCCGCAAAGCAGAACGCCUGCUUAACCUCCUCAAAUCAUCAACCCUUGUUAUGAAGUCUCAGCUGUGCAUGGGUGAAGACAGCGAGGAGGACCCGUCUCUGUUGGAUGGGGUUAAUUUGAAGGAGUUUGCUGCUUCAUUUAAGAACGAAGCAGACGCCGACAGAAUUCUCCCUCACUUACAAUUUUUGCGCGGGGAGAUGCGUACAGCAUUUUAUGACAGUCGCGACAUAUUUACUUCUUUAAGCGACAUGGAAGUAUUUUAUGCUGCAAGCGGCGAGCAAGAAGAAGAGAUACAAGAGGCUCCUGCUGCUCCUGCUGCUGCUGCUGCUGCUGCUCCUGCAGCUCCUGCUGCUGCUGCUCCUGCUGCUGCUGCUGGUACUGCUGCUGCUACUGUUGAUGCGGCUGGUGCUGGUGCUGUUGACGUUGCUGCUGCUGCUCCUGCAGCUCCUGCUGCUCCUGCUCCUGCUGCUGCUGCUAGUACUGCUGCUGCUACUGUUGAUGCGGCUGGGGCUUCCCGUCCUUUAGAGUUUUAUGUGUCUGUACACUGCAAGCUCGAGCGGGAAGAAGCGCUGACGAAUCAGCAGACGCAGCAGCUGCUGCGACACCGCCAAAUUCGCCACCCUAAUUUUAAACUCAUCUCUCAUAAAAGGGCGCUGCAGCUGCUGCAGGACCCUUCGGUGCCGGUGGGUGAGGCAUUGUUUCGUCCUGGGGGCAGCCGCGAUGGUUUUGUGUUGAUGUUGAAGAGCUGCGGAGUCCCCUUCCGCGCACUUUGUCUUCAUGUAGAGGAGACAGCAGCAGCAGCAGCACCUGGAUCAGCAGCAGCAGCAGCAGGAGCACCUGGAGCAGCAGCAGCACCAGCAACAAGGGAGUUGGUGCUGCUUGGCAGCACUUACGAUUCUUUUGAUCAAAUUAUCGCAGUAUUCUGCGAGCCCCUUCGCAUCAAUUUAGAAGAACUCGCGAGACACCCUGUACAACCUCAAAAUAUCGAGCGACGGACUUCUCAACAGCACUACGUGAAUUACAGAAAGAAGCAGCAGCAAACCCGGGGUGUAUCUCAUGGUGUAUAUUACCUCCUUCUUCGCAUGCAGGAAAUGCAGCAGAAGAAGAUAGUCAAAGGGGGCCCCCAGGGGGCCCCACAGCCUCUGGGGGCCCCUACGAUAGAUGGGGGGGCCCCCAAGAUAGGGGGGGGGGCCCCCAAGAUAGGGGAGGGGGCCCCCAAUUGA